GAAAAAGUGUAUUUCUUGUUUAAUAUUUUUGUUACCUUUUAAAAGUAUUUAUUUGUUUGUUACAAAUGUUGUUUAAUAAUUGAAUGUUUAUUUGAGUAUUUGUAUUUUAUCUUCUUAACAAUUGCCAAUAGUGACACCUACUGGUGAAAAUAUGUAGCAUUGUACGUAUGUAGGUCACGUGUUUUUGAUAAGCUGCAUUGAACAUUGGGAAAGCACGAGGUGAUCACACGAACGGAGAAGUGUAAGAUCGAAAGAAGUGUAAGAUUAAUAAGAUUGUUUGUUAAGAAGAUCUCUAAUGUCUCCUGAAUCUUGAUUGGAAAGCACACGUUUUUCACGGUGCACCGUCGAUGUUUGUGAUGACAAGGGGACAGACAUUAAAACUGAAAAUCUGAAUCUGAAGGCAUCAGUUGAAGCGUGUUUAUUUUCUAGUCGAGGAGAAAAACUUCAGGAGCCGUUAUAGUGAAAAACGUGCAUUCACACCCUCUAAAAAAGUGCAAGAAUUCAUCUGGAAAAAUGAAGAGUUGUCAGCCCUCGUGGUGAUCGAGUUGACCCGGUGGAAAUUAGCAGCCAUCAGUGGAGGUGAAGAUGUCGUCAUUCAAGGGAGCAACGCGAUUUUGUCGUAUUGAAACUCCAUCUUGCUUUUCGCGUGACUGAAUUCCUUUCUGUGUAGAAGAGCUGCGCAAGAAGACAUGGUGCAGUGACAAUCGAUAGCCACAAGGCGGCGACGUUGCAAAGUUUUUGACAAUUCAGUCAUCAAUAAGAGUUGAUACCCUUGGAUUUGGAGGUCAGACUGUAUUUUUUCAGCUUGAAAUUUUAAUUUCUUGGUUGAUGUUGCAUUCACAUUUAUUUAAAUUGAAAUUGUAUGCAAAUGGUUGAAAAAAGCUUUUGCAUUUAAGACUUUUCUGAGUUGAGAUAAAUGUGUAACUUGUUUAAUAAUUGACAUUGUACAAUUUCAAUGUGUUAAAACAGCUGGCUAUUUGGGUUUAAAGGUGAAUAUAUUGUGGUUUAGACCAAGUUACCAACAUGGAUGUAAAUAGAUCAGACAGUCUCUUAGACCAAGUCAUUCAAGCUCUUGAAGAUGAAAAAGCGCAAUUAGAGGGGAAAUUAGAAACUGAAAUUGAUGUCUCAGAAAGACAAAAUUAUGAAGAACGCCUUGCAGAAAUUAAUGCAGAUUUGCAAGCUAAUAAGACAAAACUUCAAGGGUCAUCAUCACAAGUUGAGCAAGAAGUUAGGCGUUCAGAAAGAGAAAGACGUCCAACAGAAAAAAUGCUUGAGUUAAGAUGUGAUGAGUUAGCAAAAAGAGAAAGGAAGUUUAUGUUCACAUACUUAAACUUUAAAGCUGAAGCUCAGUUUAUCAGAUCUAAACUAAAAGAACAAUGCUCUAAAACUGAGUUAGGUGAUAUGAUAGUGACUGCAGAAAAACGUGAAGCAGAGUUAAAACAAACCUAUGAGAGUAUUCGUGCAAUGAACGUCCCAUCUCAAGAUAUAAGAAGAAAAAUGGAUAGCUGCACUUCAGUGACUAGUGAAGUAACCGCACUGCUGAAAAGACGUUGCACAGAAGUUGACACUAAAGAGUUUGAUGCGGAGGCUGUAAAAGAAACACUCCUCCAGUUACUGCAAAGAGAUGACGCCAAGUCAAUUUAUGGUUCAACUGUGUCGAGAGCUGAAAAAGAAAGUCAGCAGGGAAGUCAUGUGUCAGUAAAACGAGCGGAAGCAGCGGCUCGCUUAGCUGCAAAACGUGCUGAACUAAAUCGAGAAAAAGAAAUCUCAGCUCAAAGAAAAGAGGUGCUAGCCCAACAAGAGAGGUUAAAAAUGCUGGAGGAACAAAGGGAUCUUGAAGUCAUGGAAGCUGAAUAUAGUGUGUACGCAGAAGAGGAAUCAAGAUUGAACGCUGAAAUAGGAGAUACAAAAGAAAAAUGUGCUUUGCCUCCAUGUCAGCAUCCGCUGCAACACAAUAGCCAUUCAUGCACCAAGGUUUCAAACUUUCAACCUUUAGCUCAACCGUGCUCUGAAAAUAAGCUAGAGACUAAAGUAGAUGAGGUUGAAUUAGUGAAAGCACUAACAGAAUCCCUGGCAAUGACCAAACUUCCAGCUCCAGAGCCAUUCACCUUUACAGGUGACCCACUCAAGUUCAUUGAAUGGCGCACUUGUUUUAAAGCUUUGAUUGAAACAAACUGCACAACUUCAGCACAUAGGCUCUUCUAUCUAAAAAAGUACAUAAGUGGAGAUGCUCUAAGUGUACUAGAGGGAACAUUUUAUAGGAGUGAUGAAGAUGCAUACACGCAAGCUUGGGAUGCCCUGAAUAAACGCUAUGGACAUUCUUUUGUAGUUCAAAGAGCAUUUAGGACAAAGCUGAGUAACUGGCCAAAAAUUGGACCUAAAGAUUCACUGAAAUUAAGGGAGUUUAGUGAUUUCCUUAUCUCCUGUAAAAAUGCAAUGCCUCAUGUACAUGGUUUGGGAGUUUUGGACGAUUGUGAAGAGAACCAGAAAUUGCUUCAGAAACUUCCUGACUUUAUAACAACUCGCUGGAAUAGGCAUGUCAGUAAAGCACUCGAUGAUGAAAAGCCAUACCCAAGUUUUGCUGAGUUUUCAGACUUUGUGGCAGAAGAGGCACGUAUUGCAUGUAAUCCUGUUUCCUCUCUACAUGCAUUAAAACAUGCAGAUGAAAGGUUAGGAAAGGAGCAAAAACGUUUCAAAGCCAGUGCUCUAUUGCAAAAUGUUAAACCCAUUGCAAAGAACUUUAAUGCAUUGGAAAGAGAAACCAGUACCAAACUCAACCCUUCUGCUACUCAAGAUAAAAGACAACUAGAAUGUGUCUGCUGUAAGCAAAAUCACUUUAUAUACAAAUGUGAAAAGUUUGCGGCAAUGCCUCUUGAGGAGAAGAAAAGGUUUGUCAUCAACAACAAGAUGUGCUUUGGUUGUCUCAGAGUCGGCCAUAUCUCCAAAAACUGUAGAAAGCGAGCAACUUGCAACAUCUGCAGGCAAAGUCAUCCCUCUCCACUUCAUGAAGAACGUUUUCAAGGAGGAAAACCAGAAGCUUCAUCUGAUGAAAAGGCUUCCAUUAGCUUAUGUAGUGUGGGAAUGGACAACUAUAAUCGCACUUCAAUGAUUGUUCCAGUGUGGCUCUCUUGUGCAACAAAGGACAGCCCAGAAAUUCUAGCCUACGCAUUGCUGGACACGCAGAGCAGUAAUACAUUCAUCAAUCAGGACAUCUGCGACAAACUUCAAGUACACACAGAACCUGUAAAAUUAAAGCUGUCCACAAUGACUGAUCGAGCUACGAUAGAGGAUUGUCAGAGAGUAGAUGGGCUAAGAGUGAGAGGCUAUAGUUUGCAAGAGUACAUUGAGUUGCCACCAGUUUACACUCGAGACUACAUUCCCUUGGAACGAGAUAGCAUUCCUACUUGCAAAAAAGCUCAGAAAUUGACCCACCUUGCUCAGUGUUGCAGACAAACUGCCAGAUUUAUUGGAUUGUCCUGUAGGGCUUCUAAUUGGCUAUGAUUGCCC